AUGCCUGGCAAGUUUCCUUCGACCUCGGAGCUCCCCGCCAUGUCCGCCUCCGCAAACACCUCGCCUCGCCUACGUCCGCUACCGCUCUCGCCCGACGACGAAGACGCCGAGCUCAGCACCCUACCCGACCCUCGAAGCCGCGCCAUGAGCCCCGCCGCCGACGCCAGCGGCUAUGCCACACCUCAUCACCCCGACCUCAACGCCGAGGUCGCCACUUUGAGCACCAAACUCAUCAACGCCAUCAACUACCAGACUACCCUCGACGACACCCUCUCAGCCACGAGGUCGGAACUCGACAAGGCCCGCCAACAGAUCAGAACUCUCGAAGCAAGGAAUGCCACCCAGCGGGAGAUGCUCUCCGGAGAUGUGUGGGUUCGCAAGCGAACCGUCGAGGAGGAAAAGAAAAAGCUCCUUGCUGUCUUGGCUGUGGAGCAGAGCCAGCGAGAAGAGGUUGAGAGGGAAAAGAAGAAGAUCGAGCAGGAGCUGGAGAACCUGACGACAGCUCUCUUUGAAGAAGCUAACAAGAUGGUCAUCUCUGCGAAAGAGGACGCCCAACGGGACCACGAUAUGAUCCAGAAGAAGAACGACCAGCUCAAGGCCCAGUUGGCUGACACAGAGGCUCUCCUCAAAUUUCAACAAGAGCAGCUCACAGAACUCAAACACGUCAUGGAACAGAUGACCAUCGAACGGGAAGAGCUCAGUGUUGCCACCGCGCCCUCGUCUCCGGGAUUCGCCAAAGGACCCGAGUACAGGGACGAUGACCGCCUCUCGCCCGAUAGCGCUGCCCACCACACGGCCCUCGAACCCGUGUCGCCCACCUACCCGACAAGCUUCAGCCACCUGAUCCAACCCGUCUUGAGGACCGAUCUUGCUUCUUAUGAGGACUUCACUGCCCUCGCCCGCCUUUCCAAUAAACACGCCACCGGAAACAGGCAUUCGUCUGGGUCUAUGCCUGGAGCGAACAAGCUUGGCUCUGGACUCGGUGGAAGUAUAUCUAGCGCGCAUCCUUCCAAUGCCUCGACGACGUCGCUCUCCACGGCCGGCACGCCUGUCACCACGACAGCUCCUCAGACCCCCAACACACCUGCGUCCACGGUCAGCGUAGGCUCGGCGGAUGCUGGCACUCCGGUCCUGGCACUGAGGGAGACGAAAUAUUUCAAGCGUGUUUUGACCGAAGAUGUCGAGGCAACGCUACGUCUUGAUCUGGCCCCAAGUCUAUCCUGGCUUGCGCGAAGGAGUGUUCUGAGCGCCAUGACAGAUGGCUCCAUCGUCGUGGAGCCCAUUCCCUCCACUUCACCUUACGCAUCCUACAUAAAGCCUCAGUUCUACCCUUGCUCGCUUUGCGGUGACGCUCGCAAGGACGAGAGCCAUCUCCGCACAUAUCGAUUCCGAACCAACGAGUCCGAUUCUGCCCAGCGUUAUCCUCUCUGCAAAUACUGCCUCAACAGGGUGCGAUCUACCUGUGACUUUCUCAGUUUUCUACGCAUCCUGAGAGACGGGCACUGGCGGACAGACCACGACGACGCCGAAAAGGCUGCUUGGGAGGAAAGCGUCAGGUUGCGAGAGCAGAUGUUCUGGGCGCGCGUCGGCGGUGGCGUUGUUCCGACCGGUCACCCUGUCCAAGGUGAGGCGGAGAAGAGCCCGCGUCAAAGCCACGAGACAUCCUGCAAGGCGGAAGCUGCGACAGCGCCGAAUGCCAUUGAAUCUGGCGAUAUGGGUGCUGAGCCCGAAUCCCCUGGGGACUCGGCCGCCAUCGAAGGUGGUGUCCCAUUAGACGCUGCCGAGGAGACUGUGCUCCAGCCCGUCACACCCUCACCAAGUAACCGCAACUCAACGCAGACUCUCGAGAUCAAGGACGUCACGAAUCCGAACGGCGAGGUCAAGAGGCUGUCCAUCACAAUACCGACUGCUGAGGUGGAGCAAACGAAAUGA